AUGAACACACCACUGGAUGAACUGCAAUGGAAGUCUCCGGAAUGGAUCCAGGCAUUCGGUCUCAGGACAGAUAAUGUCCUGGACUACUUCUCCGAGUCUCCCUUCUUUGAGAAGACCUCCAACAACCACGUCAUAAAGAUGCAGAGACAAUUCUCUCAGGAUCCGGCACAACAAUCUGCUGCUGAACAGGGACAGGAGUUCAUCCCUACAGGUACCAACCCUACUGCUUCCACACUCUUGAAUACAGACGACUUCUCGUAUUUGAAUAAGGAUCCUAUAAGGAAGGAUCUUCUGGGAAAAUAUCCGUUGCAUUUCGUGCUGGAACAAGAGUUGAAGAAGUUGAAAGGGAUAGAGUAUGUCCUCUCCAACGUGAGGGAACCAGAUUUCUGGCAAAUAAGAAAACAGUACCGCUCUCAACCUGGUAACAAGAUCGAAACUCUGCAAAAUUACUACAUUAUCGGAGCCAAUGUGUACCAAUCACCCACUAUAUUCAAAGUCGUACAAAGUAGACUCCUGUCUUCCACGUUACAUCUCUCGAAGACCCUGGAUGACAUAUAUAAGUUGACGGAAUUCAAGCCUUCACAAGGGAUGCAAUUCAUCAAGCCUCCCAUGGCGCCGACGACAUCCAAUACGUCCAAUGCCACGAGUAACAAUCCAGCCACUACGACGGCAGGGAAUGUGAGUAGGAGUAGUGGACCACCCACGAUGGUUAUGGGUGGUGGACCACAGCCUAGUGGAGGAGCAGGAGGUUUGCAUACGGGUACGAUGGGUGCGGUAAGCACGUCUCAAUAUGACAACUCUCUCAACGAGAGGAACAAUCAGGAUUCUAUCUCGAAGGAGAUGAUGAAUAAGUUGAUCUUGACGAGUAUCAAGUCCACCCCAGAAUAUAUAUAA